UCAGACAUGUUUGGAAACUCUUUUAGCAACACGGGGUCCUUUGUUUUGUUUAAAUCUGAGAUGAAAUCACAGACAUAAACUCAAUAAGCAGCUAGUUGAGAGACCAGUGCACUGACUUCAUCAUGUCAGAUUUGAUGUAUUAUUUGCUGUCAGAGAAUGGAUCCCCCUGUCUUGAAGAAGGACAUGCCUUUCAGAAGCUGCAAUUAAUGACAUGCGAUUGUUCAGACUGCAGUCCUCCACAUCCUCACUGCUCAGAGAGAGGAAACAGGAAAAGGAACUUGAACUCCCUUUGCCUGUACGAGAGGGGUGGAGACGCAGCUAGGACUGAAAGAGAGAGAGUUAGUAAGAGAGAAUGCAUUCGUCUCUGAAUCGAGGGAUGUUUAUGGACGGCGUGAUUUGGUGAUUUUGGAUGAACCCAACAACUGUGCCUCGCGCCCGACUUCAGCGGUGUGGCGUAGAGACCAUGAAUCACCGGUUCUUCUCUGCACUUCUGCUGCUGAUUGGCUGCUUGUUUACAGCCGAUGCUCUAGACAUCUCAGAUGUGACUCUCAUAAAUCCAGACCCGGUCGUGUCCUCGGCAAUCUCGCCGUCUCUUCUGUGUGUGAGCAGCGACUGGACCACUUCUGGCACCAGUUCCUUGAGUUUGGGCCACGAAUCUCCCGAAGCUCAUAACCUGAGAGCAGAGCUGGACAGAAGCCGCCACGCUGCUGCUAAAGUCACAUGGAUGUCACGGAAUCACACCUUUGGAGUUUUCUACUGCCACGUCAAAAACUCUAAUGGAAGUAAAAUCUACACUUACAAGAUGCUCAGUGAAGCUUCUUUCCUACCAGAAUCUCUGACGGUGACCGUGAAUGAAGGUGAAGAUGUAAACAUUUCUUACACAAGAAAGAUAGUUUUACCUGAGGACACCGUCAUCUACAAAAACGGCAAUUUUGAACAUUCAUCACCCAAGGGGGACAUCACGGACAUGGUUCAUUACUCCAUAACCAACGCACAAGCAGAAAUGCAUGCAGGAAUUUAUUCAAUUCGUUACAUUUCUGGCACGCCAUUUAGUUCAGCGAUAACUCGACUGAUCGUCAGGAGUUGUAAGGCUGGUCUAUGGGGAUUGGAUUGUACAAAGACGUGUCCGCUCUGUUUUAACGGAGGCAUCUGUCAUGAUGGGACAGGAGAAUGUAUCUGCCCACCAGGAUUCAAAGGAUCCACCUGUGAAAUUGUGUGCGGUGAGGGACGGUUUGGACGGAGCUGUAAGGAACGCUGUGAAGACGGACAGUGUCGAGCUUUGAUCUUCUGUCUCCGAGAUCCUUACGGAUGUUCAUGUGCAUCUGGAUGGAGAGGAUUAAACUGCAGCGAGGCGUGUCCUGCUGGUUAUUACGGUGCAGGCUGUAACCAGGAGUGCAAGUGUGAAGUGGAAGGAAAAUGCGACCGCUUCCGAGGAUGCGUGUGUGCAGGCAAACAUGGUGCUCGCUGUGAGAAAACAGACAUGAGACCUGUUAUCAUGAGCAGCCUGAGAGACACUGAGAUCAACACCGGCGUGGAGUACAGAGUCAACUGCUCUGCCACAGGACGCCCGCCCCCUUUACACGGUGAAAUAAGUCUGGUAAAAGCAGACAAAAGCACUCUAUAUGCUGUGGACACAAAGAUGAAGAAUGAUCAGACAACAUCCAUGUUCAGGGUUGAAAAGAUGUCGCCCUCUGAUGCCGGUCGUUGGUCAUGUCACGUGAAAACCAAAAGUUUUCAUGAGGAGAAAGAAUUCCUGGUAAACGUCAAAGUUCCACCCCAACCACACAAUCCUCCUAUCCUGAACGCCAGCGGUCCGUAUCACCUGCUUGUUCUGCUAAAUAAAGACGCCUACACAGGUGAUGGACCGCUAACUUCUGUCAGAGUUUUCUACAAACAAACCAGCGCGUCCGUGUGGAAUAACCUUGAGGCGAGCGGCUCUCUGGUAAGGUUGGACAAUCUUUCUCCAAUGACUCAAUACACCGUGUACGUGCAGCUCAGUCGGCGUGGAGCGGGUGGAAGCGGUCAGUCUGGACCUGCAGCGUAUUUCUCCACGCAGAUGCUCGAGCUGCCUGUGGGUGUGAAACUAACGCCCAUCAGCCAGACUUCACUGCUCCUGUCGUGGGACUCGGCUUGGGCUGAAGAAGAAUGGCGUUAUGAGGUGAAAUGUCAGCAAGCGGAUGCUUCACAAACCGUGUGGAACUUCCAGCUAUCCUCAAACUCCUCUGGCCUCCCUCUGACCCAACUCAAACCCAGACACAAAUACCAGUGUAAGGUCCGAAUGAGCACCAGCGACACCGGGCAGCCGUGUCCUACCGUCACUGCCUGGACGCUGAGUGACCAGCUUCCUCCACCCACGACCAACAUCUCCACCUGCAACAUUAGUGACACGUCAGCCAUGGUCACCUGGUUGCUUGUUGAGGGUCACUCCAUCUCCAGGGUGAUCAUUCGUUACCAGCAGACGGAGCAGUCGGACUACAGUCAGCAGGCAGAGCUGGGCGUUCAUGCCGAGCAGACGGCCAUGAGCUUUCAGCUGAGGGGCUUGAGAAGCGACAGCACUUACCAGCUGGAGCUCUGGACCAUAAACAACAUUGGUGAGAGUGCAGAGAGACCCCAGUUAACCCUCAAGACCCUGACGCCGCAAGAGAGCUCACAGUUGUAUGGCUUUGGAGCUCAUGGGAAGAUGCUUUUCUUUGCUAUACUGGGUUCUGCUGCUAUGACCUGCAUCACAGUACUGUUGGCCUUCUGUAUCGUACUGCAACUCAAAAGAACAACGUACCAGAGACGCAUGAUGCAGGCCUUUCACAACAUAGUGAGAGAAGAGCCGGUGGUUCAGUUCAGUUCCGGCUCUCUGAACAUGCAGAAGAAAGCACAGAACCCCACCCACUCUGUGGCUUAUCCCACCCUGGAGUGGAGUGAUAUAAAGUUCCAGGACGUGAUCGGAGAGGGCAACUUUGGUCAGGUGUUGAAAGCUCGCAUUAAGAAAGACGGCCUGAGGAUGGAUGCUGCGAUCAAGAGAAUGAAAGAAUACGCGUCUAAGGACGACCAUCGAGACUUCGCCGGGGAGCUUGAAGUCUUGUGUAAACUAGGUCAUCAUCCAAACAUCAUCAACCUUCUGGGAGCAUGUGAACACAGAGGUUAUCUCUAUCUGGCCAUUGAAUACGCUCCUCACGGAAACCUGCUGGACUUUCUGCGUAAGAGCCGAGUUUUGGAGACUGAUCCCGCCUUCGCCAUCGCCAACAGCACUGCGUCCACACUCUCCUCCCAGCAGUUACUGCACUUCGCUGCAGACGUGGCCCGCGGCAUGGACUAUCUGAGCCAGAAACAGUUUAUUCACCGAGAUUUGGCAGCCAGAAACAUCCUGGUAGGAGACAACUUUGUGGCAAAGAUUGCUGAUUUCGGUCUGUCCCGAGGACAAGAGGUUUAUGUAAAGAAGACCAUGGGUCGUCUGCCGGUCAGGUGGAUGGCCAUCGAGUCCUUAAACUACAGCGUUUACACGACCAACAGUGAUGUAUGGUCGUAUGGUGUGUUGCUGUGGGAGGUGGUGAGUUUAGGUGGCACGCCGUACUGCGGUAUGACAUGCGCGGAGCUCUAUGAAAAACUACCGCAAGGCUACCGGCUGGAGAAACCGCUCAACUGUGACGACGAGGUGUAUGAGCUGAUGAAACAGUGCUGGAAAGAGAAGCCAUAUGAGAGACCCUCAUUUGCUCAGAUCUUGAUGUCACUUAAUCGUAUGCUGGAAGAGAGAAAGACGUACGUCAACACAACUCUCUACGAGAAAUUCACGUACGCUGGCAUCGACUGCUCUGCAGAAGAAGCUGGCUGAUGUUCCUGAUGUUACUUCUAACCGCAGUCCGUGUAAAUGUGUUGAUCAAUGAAACGCUUUAUGUGAUCCUCUGAACAGGAUUCAGUUUUACACACAUUGUGUAUUCCAGGUAUCAGAUUAAAUGUUGUGAAAUGUGUGCUAGUGCAGAUGAUUGUGUGAUAUUUGUGUGACUGGCAGUAUUACGCUUGUUUUUAAUCUAAAAAAAAGAAGUUGUUGGAUUCUGAGACUCAUGCUGAAAAGGUAAAAGUGUUGUGAAAGUUCCACAGAUUGGAAGGCCUUUGAUUGUCAAAGUGAACAACAUUUUACAUUCCUCCCUUUGGUAUUAAUGCACUUAAUGUUCAAGAGUGAGAUUAUAGCGGCCACUAGUGGUGAGUUUGAGAACUACAACCAAUCUCUCUGUCUUAUUUAUUACAUCAAAUAAAAGGUAUAUGGAUUUAAAGGAUAAAAAGAAGGAUAAAAGUCAGGCAGGAGUUAGGACCUGUGCUAAUAUUAUAAAGUCUUUCCAGCACAGACGCGUUAGGCCCCGCAGUACUGAGGCUUUUAGCAGAGAUACUCACAGAUAUCUAGAUACUUUCCAGCAGAGAGACGAUGGAGAGAAAGAUCGUCUUAAAAUCCCCCCCGAUGAGUUUGCUUUGAUUCAGAUCAGUAUGUGAGAAACAUUGUUUUUUCUGUUUGUAUGAACCAAGAUAUGUUGUUUUUGUAAUAUUAGCUUUGUAACGGAGUAGUUUUGAACGUCAUUGUUUAUCUGAAACCUGUAAGCUGCUUGUAAAUACUUGCGCGUCUAAGCUUAUUUAACUAAUUUGCAUUAUUAUUUGUGUGGUCUAAGCUGUGAUAAAGCUAAGCAUUUGACGCUUGCAUUGCAGAGCAUGUUUGAGGGCAGCGCUAGCUAACAGUAAAUCAAAACACUGUGAAAGGUGUUUGAUCUGAGCAAGAUAGCGUUUAGGAGUAAGUUAGUAGAAGUUUUUCACCCCUUUGUGAAGUCAGGGACAACCAGACGGAAGAAGAAACUUGCUUUUUAGAGCUUCGUCUGUUUAGGGCAACUGUACAAAACAUGGCGGCAAAUUCAAUGUAUGUCAGCCCCCUCUGUAUAGAAAUAUUUUAUUAGGUAAUAAAAACAUAACUGCUAAUUAUGUAAUGUCUUUAUACACCUAUGAAGACAUCGUUUUGUAUAUUAUAUUGCAUUUCUGUCAAUAGAUUAUCAAAGAAAUCUCCUACUGCUAUUUUAACAGGCUGGUCAGAUUAAAAUGCAAAUUCAAUUGAACUGUAAAUCAGAGACAUUUUCUAGACGCACACAUUCACAUUAUCAUCGUCAAAUAUGUAACAUGAAAUACUUUCAAACAUUUUUGCAUUGAAUCCUUUUUGCGGUGAUUGCAACAGCAAUUUAGCAAUAAUAAUACAAGUAAUAUUAAUAAUAAUGGUGUUUGAUUAUGACUAAGCACAUUCGUUUUGUACAUUGUGAAAUUUAGCUUAACAUUCACAAGACAAUACGUUCACAAAAGUCUUGCGUCAUUUUACCUGUGUCAGUUUUUCUACAUCCACAAAUAUACAGAACAUGUUAGAACAAUCCGAUUGUCUCUGAUACAGCUCUCUUCUGCACUUUCCAUGAUCCUGAAAUCUUCCUCUCACGGCAACGGUUCUUCGUCUGCCAUCUCUCUCUGAGCCAUGAUGACACAAACCUCAUAGACACGGAACGCAGCGAAGGCUGUGGCCAGCAAACAAGCGGCACCUAGAAUGUACCACCAGUUAAAGAGACUGAAUGAAACUCCUUUCACGAUGCAGUAGAGGCCAAAGCACACCAGGGCAACGGCCGACAAUAUCUGGACGCACAACGGCGGCCCGGACGACGCUGACUUUUCCCCCAUGUUCACCAGAGCUCAAACACGGGCUCGAAGACAGAAAAUCACAGUGACCCAAUCUGACAGUUGAAAAACAUUUGAGCAGCAGAAUAGAAGCAUGUUUUCAUCAUGAUCACUAAAGACAAACGAAAUCUGAAGUGAACGGCAGGAAGGAGCUUGACAACCGCAAUGAGAGAUCUGACUGUUAUAUACGCGCUUCACAUUACAAAUCUAAGAUUAAAGAAAGCAGAAACAUCCCUCCAAUUUCUUAUGGAUAAUCCGGAUCAGAGAAAGCCUGAUAUCUCGCAUGGCAUUAAAAGAUGCAUUGAAGAAACUGACAGUACAUUACAGGUGUCAUGUAAUUAAAGUAAGUGCAACUGAUAAAGAGCUUAAAAGCUGCUGAGGGUCGACAUCCACUAGAAAGAAACUGCUCACAACAAAACAGGGUCGCAGAAUUUCACUCCACAUUUCUUCUUGUUACUAGAAAUAUUCUUUUUUUAUUGUGACAUUUAAAGGAUCUGUACAUAUCUGAAAGAAACAUUUGACAAUGUGUUUGAAACAGAAAAAUGUUUUCAUUUCAA